UCCCUCGCUGCAGGAAGGAGGCCAUCCUUCUGCGGAGGGCACCUCACAGGCUCUCCUUCCCUGGCUUUGGGCGAUCAAGUUCUGAAGUCCCGCUUUUUGGAGGCGCUGGUAAACCUAGGCCCGGCCGCGUGGGAACAGGAAGUGGCGGGCCGAGGGGUGGAGGCUCUGAAAGCAAAGGCUGGCGGCAGGGAGUGUGGGCGCCACCCGCCGCCGCGAGCCGGGACCGCGGAGCAGGGACCCGCGGAGCUGGGACCCGCCUCACAGGUUGCCGCUCUCCCAGCCCCGGGGAAGAAUGGAUUUCAACAGCUGUCUUUACGAAAUUGCUGAAAACCUGGGCAGUGAAGAACUGGCUGCCCUCAAGUUUUUGUGCCUGGACUACAUCCCACAGAAGAAACAGGAGUCCAUCAGCGAUGCCCUGAUGCUGUUUCAGAGCCUGCAGGAAAAGGAAAUGUUGGAGGAAGGCAAUCUGUCCUUCCUGAAGGAGCUGCUUUUCCGAAUCCAUCGGCUGGACCUGCUGACCAACGUCCUAAACAGCAGCAAGGAGGACAUGGUGAUGGAGCUGCAGGUUCUAGACAAAGCCCAGGUUUCUCCCUACAGGGUCAUGCUCUUUAAUCUCUCAGAAGACGUGGACAAGUUGACAUUGAAAUCUUUUAAGUUUCUUUUGAACAAAGAGAUCCCCAAAUGUAAGCUGCAUGAAGACUCGAGCCUGCUUGAUAUUUUCAUAGAAAUGGAGAAGAGAGUCAUCCUGGCGGAAGGAAACUUGAACAUCCUGAAGUCAAUCUGUGGUCAGGUCAACAAGAGCCUGCUGGGGAAGAUCGACGACUAUGAAAAAUCAAGCACAGAGAGAAGAAUGAGCCUUGAAGGAAGGACAGAGUCGUCAGCAUCAUUUCUGGACGGGGAGAUAUGCUUAAGAACGCUGACAACGUGGGACUCCCCAAGAGAACAAGACAGCAAGGCCCAGACAUCAGACAAGGCUUACCAAAUGAAGAACAAACCUCGGGGAUACUGUCUGAUCUUCAACAAUAACGAUUUCAGCGAGGCGCGGAAGCAUGUACCCAAGCUCCGCACAAUGAAGGACAGAAAAGGAACAAACUACGAUGAAGAUGCUCUGACUGAGACCUUUAAGGAGCUUCAUUUUGAGAUAGUGUCUUACAAGGACUGCAGAGCAGAUGAGAUGUGCCAGGUCCUGCGAUCCUACCAAAGCAUGGACCACAAGAACAAAGACUGCCUCGUGUGCUGUAUCCUCUCCCACGGAGACAAGGGCAUCAUCUACGGCACCGACGGGAAGGAAGCCUCCAUCUAUGAGCUCACGUCUUAUUUCACCGGUUUAAAGUGUCCUUCCCUGGCUGGAAAACCCAAAAUCUUUUUUAUUCAGGCUUGUCAAGGGGAGAGCUACCAGAAAGCUGUACUGGUUGAGACUGACUCACAACAGGAAGACAAUUAUUUAGAAAUAGACUCGUCAUCUCACAAGAACUAUAUUCCGGAUGAGGCCGACUUUCUGCUGGGGAUGGCUACGGUGAAAAACUGUGUUUCCUACCGAGAUCCCAUGCAUGGAACCUGGUACAUCCAGUCACUCUGCCAGAGCCUGAGGGAAAGAUGUCCUCAGGGCGAAGAUAUUCUCAGCAUCCUGACGGGCGUGAACUACGACGUGAGCAAUAAGGACGACAGGAGGAACAUGGGGAAGCAGAUGCCUCAGCCCACCUUCACCCUGCGCAAGAAGCUCUUCUUCCCUCCUAACUGACGCUGUGCUAGUCAGUGUGCUGUGUGUUCGUGUGUGUGUGUGUGUGUGUGUGUGUGUGCAUGUGUGUGAGAGAGAGAGUUUUAAUUUAUUUUUUAUGACUUCUUUUGCUUUUGAGUUUGCAGUCACAUCAUUUCCCCCUUCCCCUUUGUCCCUUCAGGCCCUGCCACAUAACCUUCCUUGCUCUCUUUCAAAUUCAUGGCCUCUUUUUUCAUUAAUUGUUGCACACACACACACACACACACACACACACACACAGUUGUAAAUAUAAGCUUUCGAAGUCUGUA